AUGUCCUCCCCAGACGCUCCUUUGCUGACGCCCGUCGCUGCGCCUGCAUUCGCCGCUGCUAAGUUUUCAAAGAAGACCGUCUCAGAAAAGCUCUCGCAGGUCCCUGUUUUUGCCGUGACCAACGCGUCCGGGCAGCCUUAUCUCGCCAACAUGGACGGAUCUGGCAGCCAGAUCGGGCUCAUAUUCUUCUCACACCACGACGCGCUCAACAUGCUCAAAGACAUGAAGAAGAACCCAGGCGCUUCGGAUGCGCGCGUCUACAUCAUGGGGCUCGAUAAGGCUUACGAGAUGGUCAAGGCGAAGCCACAGCCGUCAGGCAUUCGCGGCGCCGCCGGAGAGGAGCUCACCAUGGUCUUUCGAUUUUUCCCGGACUCGAAACAGGUUAAGGCGGCCGAAGGCUUGCAACGGAAGCUCAGGAGGCGGCGGGGGGUCGAGGGCAUUCCCGUGUUUGUCGCUAAGGGGCUGACGUUGCGGAAGGGGUCGGAGAAUGUGGUGCCGCUGUUUUUGACGAAGGAGGACCUGGAUUCGGCUUGGUCUAAGCUGCGGGACUCGAACAAGGACCUACCAAACAAUGCAUCGGUUGUCGUCGGCAAUUUGUUGUACAUCAUUCAGCAGAUGGAGAGUGAUGGAGAGCCAGAGCUACGAAAUCUUGGAUUUUUUGCACCAAAGGCAUCAGUUGAGUAUGUCACCAAGGAACAAGCGGGCCCAACAGGACAGGCGCGGAUGCACCAGAACCCCGUCACCCCGCAAAAGUGAAGAGGGCGAUAAGAUGAGCGAUAAGGAGACUUAGACUUCGGGAGUCGGUCAUGCAGGAAUUCUACUAAAAUGGGUGGUUGCGCUUGCAGGCCUUGCGUUACAGGCAGUAGUAAGGACGCGAGGUGGGAAAUGGAGAGUGACUAGCGCUGGAGGAUUGGCGUAGAGUUGGAUCGGAUUGCUGCGUUGCUGAGGCAUCAACUCACUAAACUUGCACUAUUCCAGUAAGUCGUAACGCGGCGCAGGCAUUUGGUUUACUAAAGUUGAGGUGCACCCCAGGCACCGGGAAAA